AUGAUAUUAGGAAAUAUAGGACAUAUAAGAAUUCCAGAAAGAUCAAACUGGAGAAACACCGGAAGUCCUCCCGACUAUCAGCAACAGCUUCCCCUCAGCUCUUAUCUUCCUUACUCCAACUCAGAAAAUAAUUGUUUUCGGGGUGAAUGGGCGGGGGGGGGGGGGGGGGGGAUACUAUAUCAACUUAGUAGCCCACAAAUAAGCAAAUGCACAUUGAAUUUUUUUUUUCCAUCAUGGUUUCCACAUCGGAUUCCAUAA